CGGCGCGAAUGAAUACCCCUGGUGCCCGAAUCCCAAUCAACAGUCGCCAGAUCCCUCCUUCGCAGAGUACUCGACUGGCACGUUUUCUUGCCAACCAGAACGCUCUUCAACUACCUCCUCGUUGGUCUUGUUCUUGCUAGAGAUCGGCGUCUCUUCCCUUCUCCCGUGGUUAUCGUUUGCUGUUGUCCGUCAUGCGAAUCCUCAUCAAGGGAGGGGUGUGGAAGAACACCGAGGAUGAGAUCCUCAAGGCGGCGGUAAUGAAGUAUGGGAAAAACCAGUGGGCACGUAUCUCGUCACUCCUGACAAGGAAAAGUCCAAAGCAAUGCAAAGCAAGAUGGUUUGAGUGGCUGGAUCCUUCUAUCAAAAAGACCGAGUGGUCAAAAGAAGAGGAUGAGAAGUUAUUACAUUUGGCCAAACUGAUGCCUACUCAAUGGAGAACAAUCGCGCCUAUUGUCGGACGGACGCCUGCGCAAUGCUUGGAACGGUAUCAGAAGCUGUUGGAUGAAGCGGAGGCUAAAGAAGGCGACGGGGACGCGGGACCCACCGGCGAUGACGUACGCCGGCUACGCCCGGGAGAAAUCGACCCAGAUCCAGAAGCCAAGCCGGCCCGGCCAGAUCCGGUAGACAUGGAUGAAGAUGAGAAGGAAAUGUUGUCCGAAGCCCGAGCCCGUCUCGCCAAUACCCAAGGAAAAAAAGCCAAGAGGAAGGCUCGUGAGAAGCAGCUGGAGGAAGCUCGGCGUCUCGCUGCGCUGCAGAAGAGGAGAGAGUUGAAGGCGGCUGGAAUUGAAGUCCGCCACAAGCGGAAGAAGUAUGGGAUGGAUUACAAUGCCGACAUCCCUUUUCACAAGAAGGCACCUGCUGGAUUUUGGGAUGUCAACGAGGAAAUGGAACGGGAGCAGAAUGAGAAGCGUGACAAAACGAAUAUCUUGCUGUCGAAGUUGGAGGGCAAGCGCCGGUCAGAGAUUGAGGAGGGUGAGCGGAAGAAGGAUGCAAAACGGCAAAAGACGAAGAAGGAGGCGGGUGACUACGUUCCACCACAGGCGAAGAAGGCUGCCGAACAACUGCAAUUCUCCGAGAGGAAAAAGUUGGUCUUGCCUUCGCCACAAGUCGGAGAGUCUGAGCUCGAAGAGAUGGUGAAAAUUGGAACCGCGGGGGAAAAUACCAGAGCUGUGGUGGAUUCUGAAGAGUUUGGGGCUUCAAAAAGUCUCCUGGGCGAUUACAGUACUGCUUUCCGGGCGCCUACGCCGUUGAGGACACCCAGAACACCAGCGGUUGGUGAUCAACUCAAGAUACAGGCCCGGAAUUUGAGAGCGAUGGAGAUGGCGCAAACCCCCCUGCUCGGCCGUGAUCUCGAACUCGAAGGAAGCCUAACAUUCGAGGGUGCUACCCCACAGCGGACAGCAAUCCAAACCCCCAACCCCCUCGCUGCUCCGUUCACACCACGGGAUGGCGUGUCAUCCGUGCAAAUGACACCUCGGUCCGGGAGCGGCCCUGCUUUUGGAAGGACCCCGUUGCGCGACCAGAUGGGCAUCAACACACCGCGAGGUUCCGAUUUCGGGGGCUUCGACGAGACACCCCGCCAAGAACGUCAACGGCAGAACCUCAUUCGCCAACAGCUUGCCGACCAUUUCAAGGCCUUGCCUAAGCCCAAGAAUGAUUUCGAAAUCGUUCUGCCUGAGAGUCAAGAAUCGCCCAACGAGGACGGCGCAACCAAGCCAGCCUAUAACGGCGAGGAAGAUGCGGCUGAGGUCGAGGCACGAGGCCUCGCUGCACGCAAAGCCGCCGAAGAAGCCCAACUCAAGGCAAGGUCUCAGGCGGUGCAGCGAGACUUGCCACGUCCCAUCAUCAUUCAGCCGGAGGUUGUCAUAGGUGCUGAGGACAUCGAUGACAUUGACAGGCUGGUGCGUAAUGAGAUGUUGGCCAUGCUGCAGAACGAUGCCUCCGAGCAUCCCGCCGUCGGACAGUUGCCACCAGGCUUUGAGGUCACGCCCCUGGAACCGUUAGAGCCUGAGGACAAGAAGAUAGCAAGCCAGCUGAUUGCCAAGGAGUUGGAGAAUCUGACAUUGGACUCUAGCUUAGACUCUUUCAAUGAGAUUCACCACACUCUGAGCGAUGAGUGGGUCUUCGUUCGCGGUCAAGGUCAACACGCUAUCGGGUCCUUCAAGCGCUCGGCCCACAUGUCUGCAGAAGAAAAGACACAAAUCCACACCAUCGAACUCGACACUCACCGCGAGCAAAUGAAAAGAGACGCCGGCCGGGCGCAAAAGCUCGAAAAGAAGCUGAACGUUGUGUUGGGCGGGUACCAAGCUCGAGCACUGAAGCUUCGCCGCGAAGUCAUCGAAAAAUGGCGGGAAAUUGAAGAAAGGUCUAUCGAACUACAGAGUUUCGCUGCAUUGAAGAACCUCGAGGAAGUCGGCGCGCCGUGGAGGGUUGAGCGCGAGAAGAAGCUGGUGGCGACGCUGGAUGCGAGGGAGAGGGAGUUGCAGCAGAAGUAUCAGGAUUUGCUUAGCGAGAAGGAAACCUUGACGCAAGAGAUAGUGACAUUGAAGCAGGCGAAGGCUGUCACGAAUGGGGCUCAGGCUAUGGAGGUGGAUGCUUGAUGCUGCAUUGAUUUUUUGUGAAAGCACAGCCAUGUGAAUACAUAUGUCUAUCAAAGUAAAGUCGAAACUGUCCCGUGCUGCCGAUGUGGAGUUGUUGAUUGAACCUGAACCACCAUUCGCCGUCCGCUCUACCAUCUCCUCACCAUGCUUCAACAGUUCCAAACGGUGUAAAGUUUCAAAUGCAAAUAUCCUAAAACUGAAAGGAUCCGCUUAUCAAAGAGCGAAAGAGAGCUGGUGUGCCCGCAAACUGGUU